AUGUCAAUUUCCCAUCUGCCUACGCUACUAAAUCCACUAAUUAAUGCUAUAUUUAAUUGUCCUGAACCAGAAAAAUCCCCAUUAAAAAAGCUUUUCGCAACAUUGAAAACCUGUAGGUUUAUUCUCCUAGCACCUCCUUCAGAAUACCUCUUAAAUUACCACGAUGUCAAGACCAAACUACCGUUACAUGAGCUUUGUUAUAAUGCUGAGUUUAUUAACUCUCAUAUACUGCUAAUGACUGAAAACUCUUUUAUAAACACGAAUUCACGAGACAGUCAUUAUGAAACGUUAGACGGUAAAACUGUUGUUAUUCAGUGGAAAAAUAAUGUCAUUCAUGCUUUGAAUGGAUUUCAAGUAAGGCGGAGACUAAAAAUUCUGGGUACAAAGAUAUUACCCAACUUCAAUGACUACUUUGAAGGUGCGACAGAUUUUGUUAUAAUAUACAUAGAACAGCCUUUAAGUUGCGAAUCUGUACCUAAUGACUAUUUACAAUGUUUCCACAGUUACAAAAAAAUACCAAAAAGUGUAUAUUCUGUGCACAAUCUGUCAUUAGACUCUUCUCAACAAGAAAGGUCGUCAUUUGAAAAUAUAUUGCAUAUUCAUCCCACUCGGUUAACACAACUGGGUGAAAUGUUUUCCAAUUAUAGAACGCUUGCUCCCAGUGAUGAUCCAUCUGAGAAGAUUUUUGAAUGUAUUGUGCAGCAAGCGUUUGAAGGAAUGAAGUCCGACUCCCUUUUCAAGAAAUUUCCCAAUCUUUACGAUCUUAUACAUGAAUAUUUUGAGUUGAAUCUUUAUGAUGAUAUUUGGUCUAGACUUACUUCACAUUUCAAAAGCUAUGAAGUAGGCACUGAAGAAUACAAAUAUUUUUCAAUUAAUCACUUAUUAGCAGAUUUUUACUCAAAAGAUUUCAGAGAAUUCAAGUUGCAAGACGUCACUUUCAUUGAAAAACGUGUCCAUCUAGCGUCCAAACAUUUCCAAAAGUUAACUUUAACCCAUUCAUACACCGAAAAAUCUAAGAUAUUAGUUGAGACUUUACAAGAAUUAUCAGGUACCACUGACAUGGGCUCCCAUCAACUAGACGUACCAGGGAGAUUGAAUAAUUUAGCAAUGGAUGCAGAUACACUAAUCAGUCUUUUUGUGCUCGUUAUUUGCAGAAGUGAACAGAAGCAUUUGAAAAGCCACCUUUAUUAUUUGCAGAAUUUCUCGAACAACUCAUCUUCUUCAAAAUUCGGAAUUUUGGGGUAUGCUGUAUCUACGCUAGAAGCCGUGGUUUGCUAUUUCGAAGACUUCAAAAAAAAUUCUGAUAAUAUGGCAAAAGCUAAUGUAUUACUCCAGAAAACUAAAAGAUUAGUGAAUAUGUUGUCCUGUGAAAACGUCACAAAUAAAGUGGAAAAUCUAGCGACAUACAAGGAUAUUUUACCUUACAGAAACGGUCAAGGACAAUCCAUUCUAUCUAUAUGUAUAAGCAAUAAUAAAAACCACAUCUUACUAGAUAUUCUUUCUGAGUAUGAUAGUAUUUUUCCAUUAGAAGACCUUUUAGAAGACGAAACGAUUGACGGUUCCACACUACUUAUAGAAUCUAUUAAAUCAGGAAAUUUAGAAGCUGCAAAAAUACUCAUAAGAAUCAUGAUGCUUAAUUGUACUGAAGAAGAGCUCAUUUCGUAUAUCAAUAGAACAGAUAAAUAUUCACGUACUGUGGCACAUUAUCUAACUCAUGAAAUCGAUAUACUCAAAAGCAUUGGAAACUAUGUUGAUUGGAAGCGAAAAAAUUCAGGCGGGCAAACGCCUUUAUUUUCUAUCUUUAGAAGUUAUGAUCAGCCAAAUUAUGAAGCGAUGGUAAAGAUAGCCUUUAAUAUCGCGAAUACUUGGUACCGAAAGCAAAACAGAUCGUUUGACUAUCGAGACCAUACAGAUAAUAAAGGCAAUGACUUGUUACAUGUCCUGAAGACUGACGCCUCAAUCCUUUUACAACUCACAAAAUUAGAUAUUAAUGGGGAGAACUAUAAGGGGUUGACUCCACUAAUGGUCUAUGUCAAAUACAAAAGACUAAAUAAUAUCGAGGCUAUUAUAAAAGACCAGCGGCUGGUAUUAGAAAAAAUUCAAAAAUCAACCUUUUUUACUUGUUUUGAUUAUGCAAAGGACCAUACAGUGCUAAGCAAGGUGGGAGAAAGGGGAGCCAAGGAUUCACUUUUUGGGUUGAUUUACUUUCAUUCUUUGCGGUAUCACAACUUAAAUGCUGCAGUGAAUAUAACGUUUGCUUCAGAUACAGAGAAACCAUUUUCAAAUACGGUUAUCAACAUGAAAACUAUCCAAGGCUUGCUGCGCUCAAUUUUGAAAGAUAAUCCGUUUACCUUUUUGCCACUAAAUAUCUAUAUCGAUGAAAUUUCACAAUUAAGCCGUUCUGAUGUAACAAUAAUUGGAAAAGCAGACGUUAUGUCCUUACUGCACAAGUUGAGUAACUGUUUCAAUGUGCUCCUAUUUCUGAAAAAAGUUCCCAAGAGCUUAUUCACAGAUGAGGCUUCGAUUUUGUAUUGGAUGCGCAUAAACACUUCCAAAAGAAAUCAAAAACAACCAAGUAAAGAAAAUUACAAAACAAUGGAACCAGAGGAAAUUAAUAUGAUACAAAGCUUUCUACGUUUUAAUUUUGAUGAGAUUUCGUCAUUUAAGGCAAGCCUGAGUAUUUUAAGGAAGAUCUUAAUAUUUAUUAGUUUGAAAUCUAAUGAUUUCAAAGAUGUUAAUGACAAUCUUAACGAAAUGGGUAAAAGUAUAUACAAUGCUAAAGCUGCCGAUGCAUUUGCUGGAAAUUUAACAAAUCAUAAUAUGUUCAAUGAUUAUUCACUAGCAAAAUUACUAGAGCAUGUGCGUUUCCUAGAAGAAUGUACUAUUCAACUGUCGAACCUCGUCCAGCUAAUAUUACUUGAAAAAAUUCCAAACUGGUGGAAACAUUACGGCGAAUUAAUAACUUUACACAAAAACUAUCGCAAAGCAUUUCCCAGUGUGGUUAAGCCAAAAAGCACUACUGAUACCUCUGGUCACAUUCAACUCGGUGGUUUUAUUGAAACUAAACGUGAACAAUCGGAGCAAAGACUAGCAGUUCAAAUUAAGGUCUCUUCAAAAUCGCUUAAAGAACUUGGAAGUGAAAUUUUUGUAGCCCACGAAAAGUUAGCCGAGGAGUUAAGCAAUUACAUGGAAUUUAGGAAGGCAUGUUUGAAUCAGCGGAAUAUUGUAGCCUUUGCAGCAACCAACAUUAGCGUUCUUCAAGAAAAUAUAUAG